AUGUCGCGCGGCCGAAGAGUCGUGGCCACGGGUGGCUUGUGCGUCGUGAUGUGCCUUGUGUUCGCCGAUCACUCCUCUGGCCAAAUGGAGACCGUCUUCAACGUACCAGGAAUGUUCGAUUACGAAAAUGACUCCGGCAAACUUCGGGAAGCUGAAAUCGACUUCUGGAUCACGAAGAUUGAAACUCACCUCAAGUCGUUCUCUACAAAGAUGACCAAGUAUGACAUAAUUGAAAAGAAUUUCAAGCGAAAUCUAAACGACAACGACUUCAAUACAUCAAUGGAGGACCCGCAUGAUAUCGUGAGAGCAUUAGCGAGGGAUAUUUCCCGCAUGAUCGGCAAGAAGGAGGCUGCUCUGAAACGACUGAUGGACACGAUGGAGAACAGUGGGCUGGACGAAGCACGGCGUAGUAAAGCAUCAUCAAUGCGAAGCGCGGCCUACCUGGACGCGCGGAAACUGCCCAGAUGUCAGCCGAACUCGCCGGCUCGUGAUUCCGACUGCAUUGACCUGACCAACGCCAACCCGCGCUUCAAUGUCGACAUCAACACGACAUACAGCGUAAUCCAUGUCCCGAGGAAUGUGUACCACCGAGCGGCCGAGUGGCAGACGGACUCGGAGUUUAUCCAUGAUGAUGUGUUCGACUGCCGGAUGCGCCCCUGGUAUAUCCGGGCUGCGACAAGUCCCAAACACAUGGUCAUCCUGCUUGACUGGUCGGGUUCCAUGACUGGACUGCGUCGGGAAAUCGCCAAACAUGUCGUCUUCUCCAUCCUGGAUACUCUCAAUGACGACGACUUCUUCAACAUAUACAAGUUUGCCCAGGACACGGAGCCUGUAGUUCCGUGUCUCAAUGACACGCUUGUUCAGGCAAAUACGGAAAAUGUGGAACUGUUCAAAGGAUCUUUGGAUGAGGGGAAGACUGAGUACAUUGCCAAUCUCAGCCUUGCGCUCACGAGAGCAUUCGAGUUGCUUCGGAGGUACAAUGACACAAGUUCGGGUGGUGACAAGUGCAACCAGGCCAUCAUGCUGGUGACGGACGGAGCGCCGGAAAACUACCAGGAGAUUUUCAAAAAGUACAACAGACCCAACAUGUACGUUCGUCUCUUCACUUACCUCAUCGGCAAAGAAGUCACUGACGACUUUUAUCCUUUGCGAAAACCACCGCCACGAGUCCCACCCGCUGCCAAUUUUGACGAAGACGACGUCAUUGAUGAUGGUGGGGCUGCGAAUGAUGCAAACGUGACUGCUGAAGCUGAUGAUGAAUCGCUGCUCGUCACCAGCACCCCAGACGACGAACAACGACAACAACUACCAACACCGACAUCAACAGCCUCUUCGGUGUUGAUGAGGGAAAAACGAGAAGGAGGAGAUCAGCGAGAAAGUAGCUUUUCCAACGAUGACGAUGACGACGAGGUGACCCAGGUUGCCGUGUGUCAUGGCGUGUCGUGUGUCAAUAAUUGUAGGGACAGCACGAAACUCUCAGACUGGUUGUGGGAGAAGAAACAGCGCCAGAAGCAGCGGUUCCGGUAUCUCAACUUCCGCAACAUCAAACGCGCCAUCGACUACAAUGAGAAGCAGUGGUUCGAGAGCCACGGGGCGGACAAGGCCAGGAUGAAAAUGGGCGCCGUGGACGCCAACUACGUCCGCGAGUCGUACCUCAACUAUCUGGCGUCGGGCAAUUUGAACGGCUGGCCGAGUCCGCAAGCCAAGCGAGAGGCAUUCGAACUAACCCAUGUGAACACCUCAUGCAAUGCGAGUUUUCGUUUUUGGCGACUAUCAUCGGAUGACGGAAAACAGAAACGGCAAGCCAAUAUUCUGGGAGUCGUCGGCAUCGAUGUUCCGAUUGCGGAUUUCCAGAUGCUCGCUCCUCAUCACAAGCUUGGAGUCAACGGCUAUUUUUUCAUGGUGACAAACAAUGGCCACAUCAUGUUCCACAGAGAUUUCAGACCAGUGUACAAAGAUUACAUGCUGAAACCGAAUUACAACAGCGUGGAUUUGUUCGAAGUGGAGCUGGAAGAAGGAGUUGAGGGCCUUUUUGCGAACGACACCAGGCUGCUGAAGAUGCGAGAGAAAAUCGUGCGAGGCGAGAACGGGUUCGAGAAGAAGCUGCGAGUGAAAGUACCGCUCGACAACCUGAAACGCGUGGCAGUGUUGGAGCAGGACUACGGGUACUUCCCGGUGCAGCGCGAGGACUCGCCCGAGGCCCGGCGCAGCAUGCCGGACGCCCCGAUUUUCAUGCCGGACUCGCGGUCGUCGGCGUCCGACGGCCAGUUUGGCGUGUUCCCCGAAUAUUUUUCAUUGACCGUAAAUUGUACCCACAGGGUGUACUGCUCGUAUCAUCGCAAGGACAUUCAGCGGCACCGGUUCGAGACGCCGGAAGAGGAACUCAUUCACUUCCUGGAGCGGAUGAUGAAGCCGCCUAAUUUCCAGUGGCGGCCGGAACGAGUCCCGCUCAACGACUCCGACCCUGGUGACAAAGACCUCGUGCAGUUCUUGCUAUUCGACGCCAUGGCCACCGAUGUCUACAACGCCUCUGACAAUGGAGUGAAAUACGACAGGUGA